UUUCCAACCUAUUCAUAUUUUCAUUUUCAGGGAAUGCCCAUCGAAAUAUUUUUAAUGUAAAUGAAUGCAGAAGAAAAAUGUUUAUAUUUCUCCGUGUGCACCAGCGAUGUCUCCAAGUGCGACCCCCGGAAAGAAUUGAUACAGUGAACAAAAUCGCGCUCGCUUUGAAUUCAAUACAUAAAUUCCACAUUCAGCCGAAAUUUAUCUACUGAAAAGGCUACGAAUGUGUAACACAAUACCGGGACGUCCAAAGCUAACGGAAAAUUUCGGCUUCAUUCAGAGUCCUCUUAUACAGCUGUUAAUACAUGCAAUAAUAAUAUUUGCUGUUAAAAGAAGUGAAUCCGUAUUUGCAGCUUCCACCAGAUUGGUAUCCCAUCUUCAACUAAGAUACGCUCAGAAUUGACUACAUUCGAACGCUGUUAGGAAAAGAAUCUCUGACUUUGGGUAGGUAGGAAGCGUUGAUCGUUCGUUUACGGAGAAGCCACGCUUCAAAUAUUGACAGUAUGAAUUGGUACUUUGUAUGACUCCGAAAACGAUUUAAUUGUUCCUAUGAGCGCUGAGGCAAUCAGAGGAGACUUGGAAGACUCAAUUUUCUAUCUUUUCCGAUGAUUCUGAUUUUAAAUUGAAUUGAAAACAUACAUUCAGGAGCUGAAUGGACGUUAAUUCAGUUCCAAUUGCUUGUGGCUUGAUACAGUUGAAGGAUUUGUGGUGAAUCAUGUGGACAAGAAGGAAAUCAGUGUCUCAAAAGUGACCUAGAUAAUAUUUCAAUUCACUUUCAAACUUCAUUUACUGCGUUCGUUCUUCGCAAGUAACCUGACUGCAAGUAUUUAAGCCUUAAAAACAAGGAAAUAAGCUAAGGCUCCGAGUGGAUACUUUCAUAAGACAACGAACAGAUUUGAAGUUUACAGCUUUUACGAAAUAUACUUAAUGGAGAUAAAUACUGAUACAUAACCAACAGUAUUGGUUACUGCUGGUAUCUAUUAUAUAAUAUUGGAUAUUCAAUCGCUUCUCUUCGGCUGAGAAAUAAUUCAAACGUGAAAAGCGGAAGCUAACAAGAAUUUGGCUUGUAUUCCUGUAUUCUUUGUUGACUAUUUUAGAAGUGAUAUCGAAAACCGGUGAAUUUUGAAAGAAUGAUGAAUAAUUCUACAGCGUUGCCAAUGAACAUUUCCUCGACUUCUGGGUACAGCGCCACUCCAGACACGCUGUUCACAAACACAGAAUACACUCUACAAGCCAUGUUGCUGCUCCUAAUCAUCCUUAUUAUUGUGAUAGGCAAUAUUGUGACACUCUGCAUAAUUUACCGUGACAGAAAUAUGCGCACUCCACAGUUUCUCCUUAUCACAAGUUUAGCGUGCAGUGACCUUGGUGUUGGCAUAGCCACAGCGCCACUGACGAUGGUAACUGCAUUUAAUAAAGGUGAUUGGGUUCUAGGCAACAUGGCUUGCCAAUACCAAGCAAUAGCCAACUCAACAUUCUACAUCGCAACUAUGCUCACACUGAUGGCAAUGACUAUGGAAAAGUACUUCUCGAUCGUCAGACCAUUGUCGCGUUUUAUAACACCCAAGAGGACGCGUAGAUUUAUCGUUGGAGCCUGGGUCUCGACACAUAUAUCAAUGCUACCACUUGUCGGCUUUGGUCGAUACGACAAGAACAAAACAACACAGUCGUGUGGCAUUGCUUUCCCUAAAAUGACCUCCGAAAGACUGUUCCUUAUUCUAAUCCUCUUUUCGGGUUCUGUGAUGCCCCUGUUUGUCAUGAUUGUCGCAAACACCGUAAUUUUUGUGGCUGUCCGGAGACACUCCAAGAGGCUGCGAAGGCAUGCCCGCGGCCAGGCAGCGAAAGAAGGCAUUUUAGCUUCACAAAAACACUUUACGAUCACAAUCGUAAUAAUUUUAGUUGUGUUCAUCAGCUCUUGGACACCAUUCUUUUCGCUUGCUAUAACAGCAGAACUGACAGAUUCUGCGGAUAAGAUUCCCCCGUUUCUAGGGGUGUUAGCUUACUGGUGUGGCUAUGCAGCUUCGGCAUGGAACCCUGUUAUCUACAUAACAAGAAACCGGCGGUUUCGUCGUGGUGCAAUAGGUAUUAAGAAUGUACUAACUUGCAGACAAUCAGAUAAUGCUGCAGUCAACGUGAGCGGAGGUGCGUGGAACAGUGACAUUGACAGGAAACGAUCUAGCUACGCAGUAUCCUGACUUUGUUACAGCCUCCUUCUUUAAAUUGCUCUUAAAUGCUUAUUCUUUGCCCUGCUUCCAUUGCCCUUGCGUAAAGGUAAUGCCCCACAAGGAAGGUUUUAAUCAUGACUUUGAUGCAAAUUGGAAUCGAUGAGAACUAGCCUAUCAAAUCCAGUUCUGUUGUUCAUUCGUGCAACAAAAAUUAUGUAAAACCUACAUGCAACUGUGAAAUUGUGAAGAAUUUACUCAAUCCAUUGCUAGAAAAUUUAUUCACAAACAAAGCAACACUUUCCCGUAAACAAAAAGAUUUCCAAGAUUGAAUAAUCUGUUGACAUGAUUUAUCUAAUGCCAUCCCAUUUUGAAAUAGUAAAAACAUGUUGACUGCUAUGAUAAUUAUGAAUGCAGUUUGAAUGAGUUUGAUUUAUGUUCCUCAGAAAUGCAAUAGUGACUGGAAAUAGGGCAGAUUGUUUCGCUCGAUCAAGUAUCAACCUAAGAACAACUCUUGGGCUCAAAAAAGUAUGCCUAGUAGAUCCUUUACUGCCAUAAUGAGUAUUUUGGCCUUGCUGCCACAAUGAUUUUUUUUUCACUAUUUAUGUAAGUUCGGCUUUGGUCAUCUUUGUUCGUGGCGCUCUUUCUACAGAUUGUCAAAAUAACUUGAUUCUGUGCUUGUAGUAUUGAUUAAACAAAACGCUUAAUUUAUGUCUAAUCAAUCCACUAAAGCCCGAGUUUAAUCCUUGAUAGUAGAGAACUUAAGGGUGACUUUUAACUUGUGGUCUGUAAUGUACACACACUUCCAAUAAGCCGAGACAUGACUGCGCUGUAGCCGCUAUGGGGACUAUGAUCCCCCUAUACCAAAGAGAGUACUGUGUAUACUUUCACUUAAUACUUUUGUCCUUCAGUAAAAUUUGGUUCGAUUCAGUAAAAAGCAUUAUUGCUAGUCAUUCGUAAUAGAUGCAAAAAACAUUACUUUAUUUAUUUUUAUAUCUUCUUUAUCUUAAAGUUAAAAACUGAAUUCCAAAAAUUGGGCAUCUCCAUCAUUUUCCAGGCACCUGAAGGGCAUGGCACCGUAACCAAAUCUUUAUUUAAUACAUAACCCCAUCCCCCUCCACCCCCCAACCCAGAAAAAUUAGUCCCUCAAAAGAAACCAUUCAUCGAGCAGCAGAGGGAGCUGAAUUGCAGAAAAAUUUUGCCGAAGAAUUUGUCCCUAGACCCCCAUAUUCAGACAAUCCUCUAAUAUUAACCAGAAACAAUCUAAAUCGUAAAAACAACUUCUUCUAAGAGCUGCCUCAUGGUGUAAGAAAAUUGCUCUGUUAAUAAAAUUGUUAAAUAGAAACGCUCUCUUUCUUUAUGACAUCAAUUGUAUAUCAAUUGAAAAGACUUUGAUCACGUCAAAUGUUUCUAGAUUCUUUAGAUCAUGAAGUUAAUAACAUCGAUUGAUGUAAAUAUUUUUUAUGUAGAAAAGUAACUCAAAUAAACCAUUUCCCUUCCCAAUAAUUCAAAAACCUAGGAAGUUCUUUGAAUUAUAUUCUAGAUAUAUUGAUGUGCCUGCCACAUCAAUAUAGGAGGAACCCCUCAUCAGUGGUUUACAUCAUACCCAACUGAUAGGAUACACUACUGCCAGAUCAAUGGUUCCAGUUCACAACAAUAGAAGGUUCAGUGUGGUAAUCCUCAGGGUUCGUGCCUUGGGCCCCUCCUUUUCAUGCUAUACGUAAAUGAUUUUGAGUGAUGCUUAGAAAAAUGCUCAACAAAUAUGUAUGCAGACGACACUAGCAUAACAUGCUCUGCAAAAGAUAUUGAGGAACUGUGCAAUGAUUUAAAAACUGAGGGUAAGAACAUUGCAGAGUGGAUGAGGCAAAAUAAGCUUAGUCUGAACACCAAUAAAACGGAAUAUAUGGUCAUUGGUCAUAAAAGACGAAUUAAACAUAUCCAGGGGGAGAUGAACGUGGAAAUAAAUGGAGAAAAACUCCAACGAGCCCAUGAAGUAAAAUAUCUCGGAGUCACUAUUAAUGAAAACCUAUCUUGGAACAAGCAGUACAAGAGGCUUAAGUGUAAACUUAAAAUGUGGUCUUUCUUCGUUGAGGAAACUUAAAAACAUACUCCCACAGUCGAAAUUGGACCAGGUUUACAGGGCACUUUUCGAAAGCCAUCUAAGAUACGGUGAUCAAUUAUGGGAAGUCUGUCCGCUACAAAGCUUGAGCAUCUUCAGCGUCUUCAAGACAGGGCUCAAACAUUAAUUGAAAGUGCUAAAUUUGAGGACGGGUGGAAUUGUAAAUGGCUUUCAGUUUCGAACCUAAUUAUAUAUGACAGGGCCAUAAUAACGUACAAAAUGAUGAAUGGUCUUCGCCCUGACAGCCUUAAAGGUAAAUUUAUCACUAGAUCGGAGAUAUCCAGGUAUUCGACAAGGAAUCAGCUUGAUAUUGCCAUCCCAGGCAAAAUUUGGAAUUUUCAAAGGUAAAUUUCUUUCACUCUGUGGCGAAAACAUGGAAUGAGAUUCCAAGAAACAUCAGAAUGAGCCCCACAAUUUCCAUGUUUAAAAGAAACUUGAAGGGAUUCCUACAAAGUUAAUAAAUUCCCAAAACAAAACACAAUCCCUAGGUAGAACAACAACAUCUUUAUUUUAUAUCUAUUAAAGAAGUAAUUGCAAUAGAAGUAGUUUAUUUAUAUUUGGUUUAUAGCUGAUAGGGAAUUCGUGUAUAAAGAUUUUAAAAUAAAAAAUGAAUGAAUGAAAAGCCAAUUUUUUUAUCACUUCUUAACAGAAAGUUCAAGAUAACGUCGCAUCUUCUGCUUUUAUCUUUGCAAAAGCAUCACAGUUACCUUAAAGUUGCCAUAUAUAGGUACAAUAACGUGGUCACGGGGAGGGGGACUGAGGGGCGGCAGGAUCAAUUUUGUAUUUCGUCUAUAUUCAACAAGAAAAUGUCGGGGAAGGGGCAAUAUUUUGCCAACGUACUUUUUGUGACGUAAUCCUAUGAUUUUGAAACUUCCUUUACGUAAACAAAAGUUGGUCAUGGGCAUUCCCAUUAGCAAAAUUGGCGUCCCUGUUGGUACAAGGGCGUUAAAAGGGUGUGGUCAAAAAUUUCUGUUUUUUCUAGUGGCUUGCGUCGCCGAUGUUCGGGUUUAUAAUGUAUAUGAUAGCUAGUCCUUCUCAACCCUUUAAGAACCGGGAAAAGAGACUUCAUUGCCAGUAACCGGAAUAACGUGACAUCUCAAAAUCUAAAAGCCAAAAAAAUGGGCUUAUAGAAAAGAGGUUACCAUGAACUUUGUGGCAAAUAAGCCCUGUAGUGUAAUUAAAGGCAUUUGACGUGCGUAAGUACAGCGAAUCCAAAAAUAACGCGAUCAGAGUACGUGCGUUUGAAAGGAAUUUGAAACUACUCACGUAAAACCACUCUAGGGUUUCGCCGAUUUGCAGAAAGGCGGAAACUGUUCACGUGCUCAAUUUGAUUGGUCAACCACUACUGGUCAAGUGGCUGUAAGCCAUUUCUACCUGUGUCGAAUGCAUUCAAGAUCCCAUUUACACGGGAUCGAUCCAGGCCGGGAUCGUUCCCAAACUGGUACGAAUAAAUCUUCCGUUUACACAGGAACGCUCGGGAUCGAUCUGCUAUCCGUACCAAUUUGGGUCUGCUUUAGAGAGCGUUCCAGUUUGGAUCGUUCCCAAAUCGCCACGCAUAGGAAACGAGGCUAAUGAAUUCUCCAGCUUGAGGUGCUUUGGGCACGAUGCAUCGAUAUUUGGUCAGAUCUUGCGCGCCCUCUUCGCCCACAAGAUGGAAUAUACAAAACAAGAUGAAAAAAGCUUUCUAUUUUUUUACGAGUUAAUUAAUAAAUUCUAGCAAACAGACUCCAACCUAUUAUGUUUUUACUUCAGCAUGAUAUUC